AUGGCUGAGAGGUUGACAGCUAUCCAAAAUUUUGGUUUUUUGGUCAAAAUACCCAUAGCUGAGAGCUUGACACCUGUCCAAGAUUUUGGCGUGAGGCUGUGGUUUCCAGUUCGUGAUUUUCGUUCUUCUGUGGUUGAAGGUCUAUGUAAUUUUAUGGCGAGGAUUCCUGACAAGAUUAAGUCUAUUGAUGGAUCAAAAGAAACGCUUAAACUUGCUGUUAGGAUCACCGAUCUUUGGUUCGUUGGGACUCCUAACAAGUCUGAGCAAGCGAAGAUGGUUUUUGUUGAUUCUGAGGAAUUUAAAGAGAGGCUUUUAGAUUUAGGUGUUGAGGUGAGUCGAGUUUUGCUACCUGGCGAUCAAGCAAGCUCACAAGUUUCAGGGGGAAGUCAGCUAUCAUCAAAGGAUUCAUUUCUUUCAAAGGCUGAAGCCAAAACUAUUUUAGAAAUCAAUGCCAUUUCUGAGGAAGAUGUUUGUGUUACGGUGGGGACUAUUAGCAAAAUAGUCAUGGAUAACCAUUCAUGGUGUUAUCCAGCCUGUGCUCAAUGUCAUAGGAAAACUGACAUCCAAACAGGACCAUUCACAUGUGGAUGUGGCAAGGAUAAUGAUCAGAGUGUUCUGAGGUAUAGAGUUGAAGUGAUGGUUACCCAAAACAAUGAGAGUAACAAAUUUUUGCUCUGGGACCGUGAAUGUGCUGAAUUGAUUGGUGAAACAGCUGAUGAUGUGAAUAUGGUCAAGAUUGAAGAUGGUGAUCUUGAUUUGAAUGCUUCCCCUCAAGCACUUGACAAAUUGUUGGGUCAUGUGCUUGCUUUUAAGGUCGGGAUUCAAUCAAAAUUCAAAAAUGCAGUUGUACUUAGAUACUCAAAAGACCUGAAUUUGAUCAAUGUUGUUCUCGAGAUGCUGCCUGAUAGUGAGGCAUGUUCCAAAAUAGAUCCUUCCAAUGUUGAUUGCAAUGAUGCUACACAAGCUGAACGUCAAUCUUUGUCUGUCACAGCUGACCAUGAUCCGGUUGCGGGAUUGCCUUUAACACCCAAAAAGCGGAUGUCAUCUGAUGAAGCCGAUGAUGAGUUAGGGAGCUCUCAAAUUUCGCCAGCCCAACUAUCGUCUAACCAAUUGACAAGACAUUCUCAUAAGAGCUAA